AUGGGAGAGACGGGCGACGAUCAGCUAACAUCGAUCCGUAAGCAGCUCGAAAACCUGAACGACGCCACGGACGACAUAAACAGCUAUGAAAUGAAGCUGGAGCACGUCAAGAAGCAAUUCUGGUUCGUUGCCUUUUCCUUCCUUUAUGACAGCAAUUGUCAGUCAUAAAAAACUGGAUUUUUUGCAGCGAAACACAGUUGAUCUUCAACAAAGAAAUCAGUGGGAUUCCGAAAAAGUUGGCUAAACACAUUUCAAAAUCCCGCCUAUUUUUUGACCUGAAAUCACGAGAACCGGACCUCCGAAGACGUGCUCAACAGGCGGCGGCGCUCUUUGAACGCCAGAAAAUCGUCGUCGAAAUGGCUCGUGAGCAGCUGUCAAUUCUGCAUAAUUCGCUGAACAACAACCUGGAAAUGGACGCCGAGAAGAAGUACAUAAACGUGAUUGAGCAACAACUCGAGCUGGUGAACGAGGCGGAAUCUGAGUGUGCGGAUGCGGAACGGACGCACGCCGCGCGGGUGCGCGACCUGCUUCAGAUGGAGACGGCGUUGCGGAAGGCGUUGCAAGAGGACGGGUGAGUAACCAUUAGCGCCCUACUUUAUUGGUGGUAACAUGGCGAUUUGAUGCCUAUUAGCGCUUCUGAAUUAGGCGGAAACAGCAAUCCGUCUUUAGACCGUCGAUCAAAAAGGCGCGCCCCUACUACGAACGGAAAGAAGUGCUGACGAGAACGAUGAAUUCACAAAUCGAGCUUAUCACUAUUCUGGAGCAUGAGGUGAGCUCUUCCCAACAUUUGCGAAGUUAAAAAAAUAUUCUAGGUACAAGAAAGGAAAGACAGCUACAGUACGUCGAUGCGAGUUCUCGAACAAAUCAGCGAACAGAUCCAUCACGAGCGCUCUUCGCAGAACAGUCUCAUCCCCAUCGAUUCGUCGAGCGAAGCGGAAUCCGACGGCCUUUGA